AUGGAAGGCAAUCUGGCCACGACUUAUACCUUGAUCCAUGCCUUCCUUACGAAGCAAUCGCAUGUUAAGGCUGCACUUGCCGUGAAGAAAGCCGCAAAAGAGGUUGUCAUUCUAAAAGAUGAAAUAGACGUAGAUGGACCUCAGUUAGACCAAAUUAUCAAGGAGUGGAAGGCUGCAACAGAAAAACAGGAUGAUUCUUCUGACUCUGAAUCUAGCUCAGAUUCCAGCUCAUCAAGCUCUUCAUCUAGUUCAAGCUCCAGCGCCCCUCCGAAAAACAAGACGAAAGCGAAAAAAGUCUCGAAAAAGAGCCCUUCUUCUUCGUCAUCUUCGUCUGAUGAGUCUGAUUCUGAUUCCGAAUCUAAGUCUUCUCCUGUUAAAAAUUUUUCGAACAAAGACAAGAAAAUCGUGGCCAAUGAUGUCAAGGCAGUGAAAGCCACAUCAUCGUCCAGCUCCAGCUCUUCGUCGUCUUCCUCUUCUGGCUCCGAUUCUGGUGAAGUCAUUGCCUCUUUACUUAAUCUGAGAAAACGCUCAUUCCAUUCAGAUGAUGAAUCUAGUGAUUCUGAACCAUCCAAAGUCGGAAAGAAAAAAUUAACGAAGAAAAAAGUAUCUGCUGAAGAGACUAAGGGCAAUGCAGCUGGUCGUGAUUCCAGCCGAACAUUAUCGUCGCACGAAUCGUCAGAGUCAGAGUCAAGUUCUGACUCCGAUCCUGAUUCUAAACUAGGCAAGAAAGCUGCUAUGAAAACGCAAUCAGUGGUCGAAAAGGAUGAUUCUGAAUCUUCCAGCUCAAGUUCAAGUGAUGACUCAGAGUCCGAUAAGACGGAAAAACCUGUCGCAAAGAAAGUGGCGAGCGACUCUUCUAAUUCCAGCUCUUCGGGCUCAGAGUCGGAGUCCGAUUCAAGCUCCAGUUCUAGCUCGGAAUCGGAAUCGGAUUCGGAUGUAGCGAUGUCUGAUACCAAGAAAACCGUCGAGACAGCCAAAGCGACGGUUAGCGACAACGAUACAGAUAAGGUGCAGACAACAAAAAAACGACGGACUGCCAUUGAUGGCAGCUCGGUCGUCACUGCUACUACGAUACCAAAUACCAAGGAGCAGGUUGAAAGCCUAGCUGUUGGGAAGGUCAAGGGUGAUAAUGGCAAGGGAGGGCGCCCUACGAACGGGCGAUUCCAAAGAGUAGAUCCCAAAAAGUUUGAGCCUAUUGCUGAUAACCGUUAUGAAGCCAAGGUUGGUCCUCAAAAUGACUAUGGAAAGCGUGCCCAUGAAGAUUUGAUCGUUACUCGCGGAGCUGGUUUCCGCAAGGAGAAGAAUAAAAAGAAAAGAGGAAGCUACCGAGGAGGAGAAAUCACGUUGGCUAGCCAUAGCUUCAAAUUUACAUGA